UGAGAGAGGAAGAGAGUGCAACAGUCUGCAAGAAAGAGCUGCCUAGGAUAAGAGCUACUGCACGAAAGGGGACAGAGAGAAAGAGAAAAACUGUGAAACUGGGCAACAAGGUGCCACUGGGGUAUAAGUGAGGCAGUACGGACUAGACUACAGACAGGCGAGUAACUAGGAGGUGCGGAGGCUACAAAAAGGAGUAAAGGCUACAUUAAAAAUGAGAAAUAUAUAGUGCAGUGCUUAGAAAUUAAAAUAUGAAGGUGGAAACCACUGAUCCUGGAAAAUGAGGGAGUGAGGGUGGUAGGAGCACUGUGAGCACUAAGGGGGGGAGGCAGAGAGAGAGUAAUGUGACAGGGCAGGCAGGUGGGGAGCUUAAACAGAAGAAGGAGUAUUGUCCAUUACAGCACAGAAGGAUUAGAUGGGCAAAUGUAAUCAUAAAAUAAUUUAGGUGCAAAGGGGUAGACUGCUGUAAGUAUGGAAUAAUAAGUAAGUGGUAGGCUUGGUGGGAGUUUUAUAGGAUAGCGGAAAUCAUGUCAAGAGAAUUGGAAAGAUAGGAGAGAUCUUGAUUUUGUAGGAUAGUGGAAACUGUGUAAGAUUGGUUGGGCAUGAUUAGUAAAGUAGGCUAGAUGAAAGAACAGAUAAGAGGUUGACAGUCUAGCUGGGAAUGUGGUAGGAUACAGCUAAGAGUGUGUUUGGUACGAUAGCCAAGAGUUUGGUAGGGUAGCUGAGAGGGCGUUAUUUGAGUUUGGAAAUAUAGGCAAGAGUUUACUUAGAAAGCUGACAUUAUACUAGAAGACUUAGGCCAGAGUUUGGCUGGAGAACUGAUAAGGUUCUAGAAGAGUUUAGUAAUAUAGGUAAGGCAUCAAAUAGCCGUGAAUGAGUUUGGGUGGAUAAAUAAAUGCUUGUUAAUAUAGAUCAGAACGUGUUAGGAGAGCUAGACAUCCAAGAACAAGCUGGCAUUAGCUGAAAGCACACUAAGGCUGGUAAGAGUGUUUCAGGCUAACUGAAGGUGGCUAGAGGGUCUGCAAUGGAUGGAGGAAUUGUGAAGCAAGGGGCUCUGCACCUGCAGCACCAGCAGCGAUUUGGGAAGAAAUGGAAGAAGGUGUGGGGAGUGCUCUACGAAGCUACCUGCUCGGGCCUCGCACGCCUGGAGAUGUUCGAGGGCUCCCAGCCCCCAGACAGUGGGCGCAAACCAGAGUGCUGGAAGCUGCUCCAGCUUAGUGAAUGCGUCAGUGUGUCAGAGCGCAAUGGGGAAGGGAGCCCAAAAGACACAAGAUCAUUCUGCAUUGAGACUGCCCAAAGAGUGUACCUGCUUGCCAGUGAGACGUCUGAACAGCCAGGCUGGGUAAAAGCUCUUUGCAGUUUGGCAUUCCCUCAGGAACGUUUGCCUUUGGAGAGGAAGACCAGCCAGCCUCCCGAGUCAGGUCUCCAUCUGCAGGAAAAUGAGCUCUACAGCACUACCCGAGAGACUGGGUUUGUAGUGCGAAUUAGACCAACUGAGGCAUCGGUUCGGUGCGGUCUCAAUGGAAUCUACACACUUUCAACUGAGAACAGCUGCCUCUCUCUUCGGGACCGACAGACUGGAAGCUCCCUGUAUAACUGGCCUUACCCUUACUUGAGGAGAUUUGGCAGAGAUAAGAGCAUGUUCUCAUUUGAAGCUGGCCGCCGUUGCACUUCUGGUGAAGGAAGCUUUGAGUUUGAGACUCCUCUUGGAGGUCAAAUUUUCCAGGCAAUAGAAUGUGCUAUCAACAAUAAAAAAGAACAAGUGAGUGAAGAAGCCCCACCAGGUUCCAGAAAAAGAACCACCUCACUUGUACCUAAAGGCCCUGCUGUUUCAGGGCCAUGUCCUCAGAGCAGUGUGGUUGGCAAGCCUUCCAUUCAGGAGGAGAGUGAAUAUGCGGUGCCCUUUGAUAAGGUGGCACAAAACCUCUUAGCUACUGGUUUUGGAGGUCUUUUAGGACCCCAUAUUCCUCAACAAGACAAGCGUCCAAAAGCUCGUCCAGCAGGUCAGGCAGAGCCCAUUUACGAUGAGCCUGGGACUCCUCACAAUCCUGUUUAUGACGAGCCGGAGGUGAUAAGGUCUGAGGCCUGGAAGACUCAGGCCACCGAUGCUCAUGAAACUGGUUAUGAAUUCCCCUAUUUACCAGGAUGGGAUGAUUAUGCAGUGCCAAGGGGCUCCGGGGCUGAUGGCGAGCAGCAAAGAGAGGCAGAGGAAUGGGGGACAGGAGGAGAAAGAGAAUAUGAUAAUAUUACUUUAAAGGGUGGAAAUGACAACUGAGGGGAACAUUUGAAUCUCAGUUGUAGCAAGUUUGUUGGUACCUCCCGGCAGUGGCAUUGCUGUACAGGACUUGAUUUUACUGCUGCUUUUCAGUAAACUGACUUUCCAAAUAUCUUAAGCCUUACAAAUAAGACUGUCAGCCAUUCCCAGUACCGGUAUGCAUUGCAGUAAAUGUUGGGGGAUCUCUGACCAAGGAAUUAUUGCAGCUGGGAUACCCUCGGGGGCAGUAAUCCUACAAAAAAAAACAAUGAGGACCCCGGCGCACCCCAACACAUUACAUAUCACAUGUACAUUUGUGCUACUUCUAUAAACUCUCUGCCAAUAAAUGUGUGUUUGUGAAUCUCC